ACCACAGGAUGAUGUCAUCAUUGUAAACUAAAUUCAGCAUAGCCAAACCUUGUUAGAAAAUAGCUUGAAUUUGUACCUUUGAAACCAUGUCAGAUUUUCAACAUUAUAUACACUUUCAGAAAAAAACAAUAGGCAGCACCUCAGCCCGGGAUCGAACCCCAUCCAGGGUUUUAACUACACCCAGCCCUGCUUUAAGCUUUAAUAUGUCACUGACUACUACCAAUAUGCUAUUGUGAGAAUUAUUAUUGAGAGAUGUCUUAAUAACAAAAUAUAUUCCGUGUUAAUAUCGAAGUCAUUCUAAGGGGUAGGUUUGACAAAGCAAAGGAGUGAGUGAGUCUUUGACAUGAAGACAGUGGUUAGAUUCUGCCAUUGGGACUGCUCUGAUGUUGUUUCCAUUCUCUCCUGGUUAUGACCAUAGAGCCUUGUCCCAGUCUCUAGACCUGCCUGUCUGUGUGAUGGAUGACCACCUGACCUCUGAAGCUGUCAAUGAGAUGAAGCAAAGCAGCACUGUGGAAACCACAGAAGAAGAGAGCCUCAACAGUGCGAAAAAUCUUGAGUCUUUUUCACUGAUCAUCAACUUCCUGCAGAACCUAACUGAGGAGCAAUGGAGUAGGAUUCGUAAUGGCAUUUCUGACCCGCUGACAAAACAACAGCUUGCCGGCUUGUGUCUGAGGAUUGUCCAGUUUUUAUCGGACAAGCUGAUGCAGAUCAUCAUCCCAGGUCUUUACGAACUACUGGGCAUCCAAGAUGCUGCCUCUCCAUUGUCACAGAGAUCUCUCACAGCGUCACUCACCAGUCUGUUAGACGAUAAGGUUAACACCAAGUCCCGCGUGAGAUUUACUGAGGCUGGUGUACCUAAGAGGCCAGGCAGUCGAAAGUCUUACAAUAGCUUUCGCAUCCCGACUCCCUACCCUUCCUCCAACUGUAUGGAUCAGGAAGAGGAAGAAGAGCAGGAAUCACAACAACUUAAGUUCAAGGAGAUUUACCUGACUAAGGAGAUGGGCAGUCUGGGCAGUGGAAGCUACUGCCCAAAACCAUUGCCCAAGCCAGCCAUGAGAACCUCUCUGUCUGAUGUGCAGAAGAAGACAACCAACUCUGACUCGCUACAAGUCCUCUUAGGUGUCUCAGAGGACACCCUCGUCACCUGUGUGCAGGACAGCCUGCAAGGUUCUCUCUCCAAACUUGCAUGCAUGUCCAAUUCUCCAUCUGGAAGUGCAGGCUCUCCGAAGAUGACCCCUGCUGUAAUGGCAGAAGUGAUUAAAGAUGUCAAGUCGGCCGUAUCAGUGGUCGUUAAGAGUAAGAAGACAACCAACUCUGACUCGCUACAAGUCCUCUUAGGUGUCUCAGAGGACACCCUCGUCACCUGUGUGCAGGACAGCCUGCAAGGUUCUCUCUCCAAACUUGCAUGCAUGUCCAAUUCUCCAUCUGGAAGUGCAGGCUCUCCGAAGAUGACCCCUGCUGUAAUGGCAGAAGUGAUUAAAGAUGUCAAGUCGGCCGUAUCAGUGGUCGUUAAGAGUGCCUCCGCUAGCCAAACCUCUCAAGUGACACCGGUAAGGGGAGACUCACAGACCAAGGUGGCUGAGAGCAUGGUGAGAGAGCUGGCUGCUAAACUUGAAAAAGUUGACCAAGAGAGCAAGAGUCUAACAGGGCAAGUCAUGACCACGAUCUCUGACACAAUGGUGGCUUUUGUUGACGAGAACGAACAGAAUUUGCUGAAAGAUCUGAAGGACAAGAUCACGUUUUUGGCAUCGCAUGUUGGCUUCAUUGACGAUCUUGAUGCCCUGAUAAGGAAAUACGAGAGCAGCUACAAUAUUGGUGAAUCUGGUUCCUCCUGCACGCUCACGUCUAAGAGCAUCCAAAAACUCUCCUGCCGGGAGUUUCAAACAUCAGCAAUACAAGCAGUUCUACUGAGCGAACCUCUCCAGUAA